CUGACUGAUCAUAUGACAGCUGCCUGCGUCCUACUUCCCUUCCCCGCUGGAAAAAAAAAACAAAAAAAUCGCCACAUCUGACAGGGAGGGAGACGCCGACACAAACGCAGGGGAGUGCGAACACCGACCUCAAGAUGCUGGCGCUGAUAAACCGGCUCCUGGACUGGUUCAAGUCCCUGUUCUGGAAGGAGGAGAUGGAGCUGACGCUGGUCGGCCUCCAGUACUCGGGAAAAACAACAUUUGUAAACGUGAUCGCUUCUGGGCAUUUCAGUGAAGACAUGAUCCCUACAGUCGGAUUCAACAUGAGGAAGGUCACCAAAGGAAAUGUCACCAUCAAGAUCUGGGAUAUAGGAGGGCAGCCAAGGUUCAGGAGCAUGUGGGAGCGGUACUGUCGGGGAGUUAAUGCGAUCGUGUAUAUGGUUGAUGCAGCAGAUCGAGAAAAGGUGGAGGCAUCUAGAAAUGAGCUUCAUAAUUUAUUAGACAAACCUCAGUUGCAAGGAAUUCCUGUUCUGGUACUUGGCAACAAAAGGGAUCUCCCCAGUGCUCUAGAUGAAAAGCAGCUCAUUGAAAAAAUGAAUCUGGCAGCUAUUCAGGACAGAGAGAUAUGCUGCUACUCCAUUUCCUGCAAAGAGAAAGACAACAUUGAUAUCACGCUUCAGUGGCUCAUCCAGCACUCAAAAUCCCGGAGGAGCUGAAAGUGCGGGAGUUGUUUGCCAGCUGUGUUUGCCAUGUUAUCGUCAUGCCACCCUCAUCACUCUGCGAUGAUGUACAGUUGUAUCUUCAGCUCACACGCUGCACUGUCUUGCUGUGUCAUACCGUUUCUUUUCCCCUUUUCACCUUGUGAUUCUCUCACAAACCCUGACAAUGCACUACUAAAUAUGUCAUUCUGGAACCAAAUUUAAGGAAUGUAAUUGGCAUUAUACGUCCUGUGAAGCUGUAACUUUAACCAGGAGUAAUUUCUGAUCUACCUUUCAUCCUUCAGGCAUUACCUGGUUGAUCAUACCCAGUGGUCUAUAACACUAAUCUUGGGUAUAGAGCAACACCCUCUCGAAGGAGGGUUUAUUCUGUCAAACAGGCCUCACAUAAUGAGAAAUGUUCUUCACACAGUCAGAUAAUGAUGCCAGGAGAUGGCUGAUGUGGACAUGCAGGUUUUCACAUUUCUGUCUAGCUCUGCUCUGAUGACUGUCACCGUUAGCUUGAUCAGGUUUCCUUCUUUCAAAGACAUGUCUGUUGUUUUAGAAAAUUGUGCAUUUAAGCACGCUAAUUUGAGCAGGUCUGUACAAAUAUCAAGCUAAUAUGAUUUUUACUGAUGUGAGAUGUGCGUGUAUGAAUAUAUGAUUAUAUUUAAAGUCUGAAUGUACUAAAAGUAAAGCUGUACAGGGUUGUGUGGUUCAUAUUGGCCUCUGUUUGUAAGUAGCCUCAGUGGAAUGAUGUCCUUUGUGCUGCCUCGAUGCUGACAGAGUGGCAGAAUUUAAAGUGCCUUGUGCAAUGUCUCUCACCUCUGAAGCAAAGCAGCGUGCAAGGUGUGCCCACCUGGGUAGAGAAAAAAUACACCACUUCAAUACAUUCAAGAAAUAAAAAGGCAUGCUUUUUAAUUUA